UUCAGAGGAAAAGAUGGUGGUUCGCGCUCUCAUUUAACAACUCCGUCACUGUGUUUUCCCAGGUUGGUACCCGUUAAAAGUAUUAAAAUUGUGUCCUCCUACAAUUUAUAGUUGUUGGUGAUAACUGUGAGAAGUCUGUUGUUGGAUUUUUGUGGUGAAAAACCGGCUUAUAGAGCCACGUUUGUAAUCGCGAGUGAGCGAAAAUGCCGCGAACGGCCAUUGUAGUGUGUGUGUGUAUGUAUGUAACUUGCUGUGCUGGUGUCCCUAUUCCCUGGUAUGGUUUAUUUAAUUGUUACUCUCAUUUUGUCAAGGUAUUCUGACAUGUUAUGCAAAUGUUAAUGUUAAAGGAAGAGAGUUAAACCUGACAUAGUCAGUCAUAGUUUUAUGUUUGGUUUGUGUUUGAAAAUGCAUUUUAAAUUGAACAGUUCUCCCUAUGUGUAUUGUGUUUCAUGUUACUGAUACAAAUGUAAUUUAAAUAUUUAGUUAAAACCAAAGAUUAUUUAUUUAUUUAUUUAUAUAUAUGUAUAUUAAGUGAAUAGAAAGGCAGAUUUGUUUAGUUAAUACAAAUUAUAUAUUUGUCAGGUAUUGCUGCACCUAAGAGAAAUGUUUAUUUUCAUAAAGAGAUGGUUUAUUUAUGUGUAUGUCUAUGUGGAAGCUGUUUAAACCAUUAAUGUGGGAAAUGCAGAUAUAACUGUAAUGAUUUAUUUAGAUUUGAACCAACACAUGGACAUUGAAACUGAAACUGAAUUGCAUAAGGGAAUGUUUAUUGUUUAUGAAAUAUUUAAUUUUGAAGUGUGUAAUAAAGAGACCGAGAUUCAGAGGAAAAGAUGGUGGUUCGUGCUCUUAUUUAACAACUCCGUAAUUGUGUUUUCCCAGUUACAGGGACAGUUUCAUCUAAAUGGGAUGCACAAAACUGGAGAUGUGAUUCUAGGUGGACUUUUCCAAAUCCAUUUCUUCUCUGUUGAUCCUGACCUGUCUUUUACCUCGGAGCCAGAGCAGCCGACCUGCUAUGGUUUUGAUGUUAUAGGAUUGAGACAGGCUCAGACCAUGGCCUUUGCUAUUGAUGAGAUCAACAGAAACUCCAACCUGCUGCCUAAUGUGACUCUGGGAUACAGUCUGUAUGAUAACUGCAUCCAACUAGGAAUUGGAUUUCGUGCAGCACUGUCCUUAGCCAGUGGUCAAGAAGAGCAAGUUACAUUAGAGGAGAACUGUGUAGGAACUCCUCCAGUCCUAGGGAUUGUGGGUGAUUCUUCCUCUAGACGUUCUAUUGCCAUAUCCACAGUCUUAGAUUUGUACAGAGUGCCUCUGGUGAGUUAUUUUGCCACAUGUUCCUGUCUGAGUGAUCGACAAAAGUUCCCAUCUUUCUUUAGGACGAUCCCGAGUGAUGCUUUUCAGGUGAAUGCUAUGAUUCAGAUUCUAAAACACUUUGGUUGGACUUGGGCAGGUCUGCUCAUCAUUGAUGAUGAUUAUGGAGUCCACGCUGCUCGAUCCUUUCACUCUGAUCUGGGUCCAGCUGGUGGAGGUUGUCUGGCUUACACAGAGAUUUUGUCCUGGGGUGACAACCCUGCUGAACUAAGGAGAAUAGUGGAUGUGAUGAGGAAAUCUACAGCUCAAGUGGUGAUUGUGUUUGCACAUCAAAACCACAUGAUCCAACUAAUGGAAGAGGUGGUGAGACAGAAUGUGACAGGCCUGCAGUGGAUUGCCAGUGAAGCCUGGACAUCAGCUGCAGUGCUCCAGACUCCCCACCUUAUGCCAUAUCUGGGUGGAACACUGGGCAUCUCCAUCCGUCGAGGAGAAAUACCAGGACUCAGAGACUUCCUGUUACAAACACGUCCUAACCUACAUCACAACAACACAGAUGAGAAUAGUGUGGUGAAUCAGUUUUGGGAACACACAUUUCAGUGUAGAUUUGCACCACCUCCAGGUUGGGUGGAAGCUGGAGGAGAAUUAUGCACUGGACAAGAAGUUAUAGAGAAUGUGGAGAAUGAAUUGGUGGAUGUUUCAAACCUCAGGUCAGAGUAUAAUGUGUAUAAGGCUGUGUAUGCUCUGGCAUAUGCUCUUGAUGACAUGCUGCAGUGUGAGCCAGGGAGAGGACCUUUCAGCAACAACACUUGUGCUCAUUUACAAAGACUGGAGCCAUGGCAGCUUGUGUAUUACCUGGACAAGGUCAACUUCACCACAUCAUUUGGUGAUCAAGUGUCAUUUGAUGAGAGUGGUGAUGCCAUACCAAUAUAUGACAUCAUGAACUGGGUGUGGCUCCCUAAUGGAAGAACUAAAGUUCAGAGAGUGGGUGAGGUUAAGAGGUCAGCCUUCAAAGGUGAAGAACUCACACUGGAUGAAGACAAAAUCUUCUGGAACUUUGAAUCCAAACAGCCUCCUCAGUCAGUGUGCAGUGAGACCUGUCCUCCAGGUACCCGCAUGGCUAGAAAGAAGGGAGAACCCGAGUGUUGUUUUAACUGCGUUCCUUGUUCUGAGGGAAAGAUCAGCAAUACGACCGACUCCAUGGAGUGCACCAGUUGUCCAGAAGAUUUCUGGUCCAGCCCCCAGCGUGACCACUGUGUUCCUAAGAAAACAGAGUUCCUCUCCUACCAUGAGCCUCUGGGUAUCUGCUUGACAUCUAUCUCACUGUUGGGAACUUUUAUCUGUGUUGUUGUUCUGGGCAUCUUCAUCCAUCAUCAUAGCACACCUAUAGUUCGUGCCAACAAUUCAGAACUCAGUUUUCUUCUCCUGGUGUCACUCAAAUUGUGUUUCUUGUGUUCGUUGCUCUUCAUUGGACAACCCAGAUUAUGGACUUGCCAACUAAGACAUGCAGCAUUUGGCAUCAGCUUUGUGCUUUGUGUCUCAUGUAUCCUGGUGAAAACCAUGGUGGUUCUGGCUGUGUUCAGGGCCUCCAAACCAGGAGGUGAGUCCAGUCUCAAGUGGUUUGGUGCUGUGCAGCAGAGAGGGACAGUUCUGGUUCUGACUUCUGUUCAAGCAGCAAUCUGCACUGUCUGGCUUGUCUCUGCUUCACCAAUGCCUCAUAAAAACACCCAGUAUCACAAUGACAAGAUAGUUUAUGAGUGUGCAGUUGGGUCCACAGUUGGUUUUGCAGUUUUACUUGGUUAUAUUGGUUUACUGGCUGUCCUCAGUUGUUUGUUAGCUUUUCUAGCAAGGAAUCUUCCAGACAGUUUCAAUGAGGCCAAACUCAUCACUUUCAGCAUGCUGAUCUUCUGUGCAGUGUGGGUGGCCUUUGUGCCUUCUUACAUCAGCUCACCAGGCAAAUAUGCAGAUGCAGUAGAGGUAUUUGCCAUUCUGGCCUCCAGUUUUGGCCUCUUGGUGGCACUGUUUGGACCCAAAUGCUAUAUAAUCCUGUUGAGACCAGAGAGAAACACAAAGAAAGCCAUCAUGAGUCGAGGCACAAAGUAACAUUGUCAAUAUAGACAAUAAGGAUUUGGUCGAGGCACCACAAUGUAACAUUGGUAACACUGUCUCUCCCUGUCUACCCUCUGUAUUUAGGAUUGAGUUGUUAUUCCCAGAUCACAAUAGAGGCAAUAAAGAUUUGUAGAUAAAAAAGAAUACUUUCAGUAUGCCUUUCUUGAACCUUUUUUCUUUCUAUUUAUUUUUCCAUUCAAUGUUAAUAGACAGAAAUUGAAAUUAUGCAUUCAGCACGACAUACAAAACACCAGGUAGAAUAUAUCAUUAAUAAUUCAAGGUUCUCUUCACUUAGACUACAUAAAAAUCAGAGCACGUCUGGUGUGUGCGGACAGCGCAUGCGUGAGUUGAACGUCCACCAAGCACAAAAAAACAUUCAGACAACAGAAAAAGUAGUCACCGAGGAAACAACGCUAUGGAUCCGAAAGAUGAGAGGCUGGCAGAGGAGGUGAGGGGGUACCCCCACCUGUACAACUACUCCAUCCACAAGAGAGAGGAAAACAGAGUUCUUACAUUUGGUAUAAAGUGUGUUUUGAUCGCUCAGGUCCAUAUAGAAAAAAGAAUGAAUGUGGUAAUACAGACAUUUGUGCUGGCUAGACCAUAAUGGCUCUGUCCAUAUCAUUAGCACGAUCAUGAAAUGCAAAUAUUGAAAAUGCCGACAAUGAUGAGCACGCAAAGGUAGCUUCCCCCUUCACACUAUUUGAUUGCAUUCUCACCCGACCAGCCUAUACUUGUACUUAGCACAAUAAAGGCAUAACUGUGCAUUAUAGUGCCUCCUCCACUGGCUUAUUCUGACCAGUUUCUAAAUAGAAAUGUAUUUAUUUAUUGACAGUUUGCACACAUAGCUUGAUGAACCGAUAAUUGUACUUUCAACAGCAUAUUUGCAAUUAAAAAAAGUAAAUCGUUAUCUAUUGUUCGCAUCUCUCGCACAAAAGUGUGGAAUUCUCCGUCGGUGGCUCUACUGACCAUAUUCUUUUCCUCAUGUG